AUGAACGGAUACAUCGAGUGGAUUGACGACGACCUACUAUGCUUCUGUGACGAAGACGACAUUUGCUAUUGCUUCGAAUCGGAUAGCUACGACUCUGAGAGCUCCGAGUCUGAGUCUGAGUCUGAUUCUGAAAACUCUGAUUCUUACGAUUUCGAUAUGGCUGAACCCCGGCAUCUCAGUCAACGACACGCAAGUUCAGGCCGAUCAAGGCUUACUUCUCGAUCUCAACACAAGUCGACAUCUCAAACCCGACAAAAGUCUUCCUCUGAUGGCGCAAAGGCUGGCCUUGCAAAGAACAAUAUCCUGUGGCCUAGCGAGAGGUGUAAUUUGAGGGUACGCUUUCUCAACGGCGACAAGUUUGAUCAAGAGACGGUCAAGAAGUGCGUGACAGAUCACUACAACUCGAUACCGAUGCGCCUCCGGUUCAAGUUUCUUGAGCCGGGCGAUCCCGAACACUCUGAUAUCCGCAUUACCUUUACCGACCAGUCAAAGUGUCUCAUUGGCCGUUCUGCAGAGAACCAUCGAGGGGAGCCGACCAUGUGGCUGAACAUGCACCGAGAUUCCAGCAUGGGAGCAGAGGCGAGACGGGCUAAGAGACAGUACGACAUCUUGCAUGAGUUUGGCCAUGCCCUAGGCAUGCAGCAUGAGCAUCAACAUCCCGAAUGCAAGGUCAACUGGAAUAUGCAGGUCAUCCAGGCAAAGUAUGGCUGGAGCGCCGAGAAGGUUCACGACAACUUUGACAGGUUGACCCAGGGGGUGAAGCCUGCUGCAUAUGACCAUGAGUCCAUCAUGCACUAUCCAGUUGAGCCAGGAGAUACCCACAGCCUCGUCACAUAUGUGCCCCUAGCGACCAAGUUGUCUGAAGGCGACAAGAAGUUCCUCAUGGCCAUCUAUCCAAAGCCGACCAAAGGCGUCAAGCUUCCACAGAAGCCACCAAAGGUUGUAACAAAGAAGCCCAUGCAUGAUGACUACAUGGUACAGCGUCUGACUGCUCAGUUGGUGAUGCAGUAUUGGAUUCAGAAUGCAAUAUUGGAAACAAUCAAGUCUGAAGAGAGGCGGUUAAGAAGAGCCCAGAAAGAGCUGGAGAUGAUGCAGUAUGUCUUUGCCCCAUUUGUGGUCAAUCAAGUUGUCAUGGUUCCCUGUUAUUACUGGUAUUAA